CCCCCUCCCUUUGUGGGCGUGUGUGUGUGUGUGUGUGUGUGUGUGUGUGUGUGUGUGCAGUUUCUCCCUCCUUGUAAGAACACAGCCCUGCCACUUGUUCCUGCUGCCCGUGCUGCUGCUGCUGUUGCUGUUCUGACUCUCUGCCACCUCUUUCCUCUCCUUUCUCUUCCUGCUUAGCUCCCUUCCUUCUGAUUCCUCUCCCAUAUGGAGUCUAAUCAUCCUGAUCAGCUCUCAGUAGAACAGCCAAAUCCCCCAGGGGACAGCUCAUCACUCAAUCAAAACAGUCCAGGAAAGCAAGGUGUCCAGCAGUCCUCAACCUCAGGCCAAGCACUAGCGCAAGAGACAAGCCUACAUCCUGAGAAGGGAGCCCAUGAUCUCUCCGAAGAGUUGAGCCGACAACUGGAAGACAUCAUAAGCAUGUACGGGUCUGCUGCCAGUCCCUCAGGGAAAGAGGGCACCUCCGAAACUAAGGAGCAGCCCCAAAACACAGAGGCACUGGACAACGAGGACUGUGACUAUGAAGAAACCACUGAAGAGACAGACAGAGAACCCACUGCUCCUGAAGAGCCAGCCACAGCCAAAGAGCCUAUCAGCAAUAAAGAGCAAAAGUUGGAAAAAAAAUUCCUAAAAGGAUUAGGUAAAGAAGCUAACUUGCUCAUGCAAAAUCUGAACAAGCUGCAAGCACCUGAAGAAAGGCUUGAUUUUUUAUUCAAGAAGUAUGCUGAACUGCUGGAUGAACAUCGCACUGAGCAGAAGAAGCUGAAGCUCCUACUGAAGCAGCAGGCGCAAACCCAGCGAGAGAAGGACCAGUUGCAGAGUGAGCACAACAGAGCCAUCCUCGCUCGAAGCAAACUUGAGAGUCUGUGUCGAGAGCUACAGAGGCACAACAAGACCCUGAAGGAGGAAACCCUCCAACGGGCACGAGAGGAAGAAGAGAAGAGGAAAGAGAUCACAAGUCACUUUCAGACUACCCUGACAGAUAUCCAGACUCAGAUAGAACAGCAGAGUGAGCGCAAUAUGAAGCUCUGCCAGGAGAACACAGAGCUUGCAGAAAAACUGAAAAGCAUCAUUGACCAGUACGAGCUCAGGGAGGAGCAUCUGGACAAAAUAUUCAAACACCGAGAACUGCAGCAGAAGCUGGUGGAUGCAAAACUUGAAGAGGCUCAAGAAAUGAUGCAGGAAGCAGAGGAGCGGCACAGACGGGAAAAGGAAUAUUUGCUGAAUCAGGCGGCAGAGUGGAAACUUCAGGCCAAAGUGCUGAAGGAACAGGAGACUGUGCUGCAGGCUCAGCUCACUCUCUACUCGGGAAGGUUUGAGGAGUUCCAGAGCACACUGACAAAAAGCAAUGAAGUGUUUGCCACUUUCAAGCAGGAAAUGGAUAAGACGACUAAGAAAAUGAAGAAGCUGGAGAAGGAUACAGCCACAUGGAAAGCCCGAUUUGAGAAUUGUAACAAAGCCCUGUUGGACAUGAUCGAAGAGAAAGCCCUACGAGCUAAGGAAUACGAGUGUUUCGUGAUGAAAAUACAGAGGCUGGAGAAUCUGUGUCGUGCUUUACAAGAAGAGAGAAAGGAACUCUACAAGAAAAUCAGAGAAGCAAAAAUGUCUGAAAAAGAAGACCAGGUUCAGCACACCUCUGACGAAGAGCCAGAGUCAAACAUCACCGAAGAUAAAGAGAUGGAUGCAGAGGAAGCCAACAGUGUUCAAACCGCUGUGAAAAACCUGGCCACAGCUUUUACCAUCCUUCAUCAUUCAGAGUUCACCCCAGACCAAUCAAAUGAAAGACAACCGGCAGUAAAUGGUCCUCGAAGUGGAAGUGACCUCACCCCCCAGCAUCCUGAACCAGCCCAUUUAAACCAUCCCAAUCCUUCUACUGCGUCAGGGAGUCCUCGGCCCCAUGUGGGUUUUCAGGGUGAGGCCAACAGGGUCUGUGAGGGUGCAUCUGCCCGUACAGCCUGCUGUACCUCUGGAGAGGCAGAGCUCCAAAGCCGGGGCCUCCCUGCCAGGAACGCUCCAGGCCCAAGGCCCCAAAAGCCAGAGGCAAAGGUUUCUAGUCAGGCCUCACUGACCCCAGCCCAGGACUCCCUAGCUGUAGUAGAGGCAAAAUAUGAUAUUUCACCAUCUCCAGACAAUGAGGGAGAUCCUGCUGUGGUUCCUGGCUGUGAGUCUAGGGAGCAGUCCCCACCAAUAAUCGCAGACAUCCCCCUAGGCCCUUCUACCGAUCUUCCCAGAGAGCCCGAUGCCUAUCUGAACGGAGUAGACUAAGCCGUGUUGAUUCUUUUGGCUGUUCACCUGACUGUAUCUUCUUCAUAGCAGAAAGUCUAUGAAAGAAACUUCUAGGACUAGGAAGAGAGUUAGGGUCAAGACAUUGUUAAAGUUGUACAGAACACUUAGAGUCUUUGCUGCUGUUCGCAAUUUAUAACCAAUAUGGAAAUUCUCUCUGAAUGUAUAAUUUUCCCAUUGGCAGUCAACCACAUCAAUAGCAAAUAUACAUUACUUUCUCAUUAAGCUUGUACCUUAAUCCAAUUUAUUAGCAGUAAGUUUUGAUAUUUAAAGACUCUCACUAUAACAUAUAAGUAUACUGAGAUGUUACAUUUAUUUCCACAAAUAACCCAAUAAAAUCUAUAAUGGAUAUCCAGGUUCCAUUUGAACAGCUAAUAUACAGUGUGCUUAUAUGUAUAUACAAUACACAUAAAUACAGUUAUGUGUGCACAUGCACAUGUAUUUUCAUACAUGUAUAUAAAGUCAUCAUACAAGUAUAUUUCACUCCUUACAGAUUUUUCUCUAUUGCAAGAUAGUUAUAUGCUUGUAAAAAUUUCUCUCUUAUUUACACUCUGGACUAGAGUGUAAGUAUGAAUCAGAAAUAGUAUGUGUGUUACAAUGCCUGUACACAAAGAGGACCACAAGAGGCCUUUAACAGCAAAGAAGUAAAACCACAAACAGGUGGUUCUGAUCUUCUAGUGCUUUUUCUGUUCUUCUCAGCCAGCUUCCUCUCAACUUCCCAGCAUCACCUCCUGGGACGAAGCAGCCUCCUCCUGGCUACUGGUGAGAAACUGGUUAGAAACAGAGAAAAAAAAAUCUAAGAUUUGAGAGGUCGAGUAUCCUCAGCUUAGAGGAAGCUGGUCCUGGUCCCUGCUUCUUUGACUACUGAUAUCUCAAGAAUACACUUCUUGUUGUGUCUAACUUGUCUUUAUCUCAAAGCAUUUGUUCCUUCCAAAUUACCUCCUUUGCAUCAAUGUGUUUGUCUGGACCACAUCUCAAUUAAUGCUAAGUAAAAUGUGUUUUUCCAAAACAGAUAUCCACAUGAGCUCUCAAUAGGGGUAAUAAGGCUUACAAAGCCAACACAUUUUUUGCUCUAAGGAUUUUUGAACAGGCAGAAGUACAAAAUUUAAAAAAAAGGGGGGGGGUGUUCCCUACUCAUAAUUUAAAAAUAACAGGCAAGGACUUCAUAGAUGUCAAAAGCAAGAAGCACAUGGGAUUACUUGAACAAGUUUUAUACUCUUAUUGUUAGCAAAAACCUUUAAUAACACUACUAACAGCAUAAAACACUCUGCCUAGGCUAAAAGAAGACUAUAGUAACAAAACAGGAAGAGGUGGGAAGGAGGGAGACAGAAGGAGGGUGAAGAGAGGACUGUCUAAUCUAACUCUAUGUUAAGAAGUUGAACACAGGUAGAAAUAUGGAUAAAGGAAAGUUCUUGAAAACUCAUCCAGGAAAUCAUUCUUCAGUGGUGCAUGUGGCUGUUUGCCAAUGCAAACAAGGAACUGGUAGGCAGUAGCCAUAUGUUAAAGGAAUUAUAAAACUGUAUAAAAUUUGUUUGAAGUAGACAGUAAGGAAAGAACAAAAAUACCAUUUGGGGAAAAAAAUCAGGGGAAAAAGCAUGCCAUUAUUUGAGAACCCAUAUGUUUUCAGAGGCUUUGUAUAUUAUAACUACAUGGGUAGCCAGCCAAGUUCAACACCACUGGAAAUUAGACAUUCAAUUAACUCAAAGCCAAAUAUUCACUAUAAUAAUCCCUUCUUUCUGUUUACAGGAGUUGAGCUUCAAAGAAUAGAGCAGGAUCAUCACAGUUAGGUCUCAAUCCGAAAGCUUAGGAAGACAAACAGGCAGGAGGCACUGACAUCCAAUAAAUUAAGUAUUCUAAUAUCCAAAGUUUAUUAUUUUCAUCCAAGAGGGUUUCACAGCAACAUAUCACUCACAACUGUGUUUACCUCUGGCACAGUUUCACAGGCUAUACCUUCCUGAAAUCUGCAAAGCUUUAAUAUAGGCUUUGGGAGAAUUAUUUUAAUAGUCAAAGAAUGUUUUAUUAUAGUUCUUUUGUGUUCAAACUUGGCCUUACUAAUCAAAACAACUCAUAAGAUCAGAAAGCAAAAAAAUCUAUCUCUUUUUAUGAAGUCCAUAUAACUAUUUUUAGAGAUGCCAAGUCUUUCUAGAAACACUGGAAUUAUGGCUUUCUAAAUGUAAUAACACAAUGUUUAUACCAAUUAAAAAGGCGUUUCUUCC